ACUCAAAAACAAGAUCACCGACGAAACUUUCAUUACACCAAAAAUCCUAUAUCCCUUCUCCCCGAAAUCCCCAUUAUCUUACAAAUCAUCAUCACCUUCAUUGAGGGAAGCAAUUUUCUUCCCUCAAAUUCUUCAUCAUAAUCAAUCAUCAUAAGAUCUGAUAAAAAUGGAAACUUUUGAAAAAAUCAAGAUCUGGGUAUUGUUCAUCAGCUUGAUAUCUCAACUGGGUCAUGGCUAUUAUCUUCCUGGGAGUUACCCACAUAAAUACAUUGUAGGUGAUACAUUAUCUGUAAAAGUCAACUCUUUGACUUCCAUCGAUACUGAAAUUCCUUAUAGUUAUUAUAGUUUGCCCUUUUGUCAACCUAUAGAAGGUGUUAAGGAUAGUGCAGAGAAUCUUGGUGAGCUUUUAAUGGGAGAUAGAAUUGAAAAUUCACCUUAUAAGUUUAAGAUGCAUACUAAUGAAUCUGAAAUCUUUCUUUGUCAAACGAAACCUUUGUCGAGUGAUGAGUUUAAGUUGUUAAGUACUAGGAUAGAUGAAAUGUAUCAAGUUAAUGUGAUCCUUGAUAAUUUGCCCGCGAUUCGGUAUACUAAGAGGGAUGAGUUUUUGGUGAGGUGGACUGGGUAUCCCCUCGGGAUCAAGGUCCAAGAUACGUAUUAUGUGUUUAAUCAUUUGAAGUUUACGGUUCUUGUUCAUAAGUAUGAAGAAACGAAUGUGGCGAGUGUGAUGGGUACUGGGGAUGCUGCUGAGGUGAUUCCUUCUGUUGAUAAGUCGGGAUCUGAUAUUCCUGGGUAUAUUGUAGUUGGAUUUGAGGUUACGCCCUGUAGUUACCAGCACAAUGCCGAGUCUGUGAAGAACUUGAAAAUGUAUGGUAAAUACCCGUCUAAAAUUACGUGUGAACCCAACACGGUGACUAUGGGAAUAAAAGAGAACCAGCCCGUGGCUUUUAGUUAUGAAGUUGAAUUCGUUGAGAGUGAUAUCAAAUGGCCAUCAAGAUGGGAUGCGUAUUUGAAAAUGGAAGGAGCAAAAGUACACUGGUUUUCGAUCUUAAAUUCACUUAUGGUGAUCACUUUCUUGGCUGGAAUUGUGCUUGUAAUAUUCUUGAGAACCGUGAGACGGGAUUUGACUCAUUAUGAAGAGUUGGACAAAGAGGCCCAAGCCCAGAUGAACGAAGAAUUGUCCGGCUGGAAACUUGUAGUAAGUGAUGUAUUCCGUGUUCCCAGUUAUCCUGCACUUUUGUGUGUAAUGGUAGGAGACGGGGUUCAGAUUCUUGGAAUGGCGAUUGUCACAAUCUUGUUUGCUGCUCUUGGGUUCAUGUCUCCUGCUUCCAGAGGGACCCUGCUCACCGGUAUGCUUUUCUUUUAUAUGAUUCUUGGAAUCUUGGCCGGUUAUGUUGCUAUUCGUAUGUGGAGAACUGUUUUUACUGGUGAUCAUAAGGGAUGGGUGUCAGUUUGUUGGAAAGUUGCUUGUUUCUUUCCGGGCAUUGCAUUUUUGAUUCUUUUUGUGUUAAAUUUUCUCUUGUGGGGCUCACACAGCACUGGUGCCAUACCCUUUUCGCUAUUUGUCAUCCUAAUUUUGCUAUGGUUUUGCAUUUCUGUGCCGCUUACUCUUGUUGGAGGUUACUUUGGUGCAAAGGCACCACAUAUUGAGUACCCUGUUAGAACCAAUCAGAUACCCCGUGAAAUCCCUGCCCAAAAGUACCCAUCGUGGCUCUUGGUUCUUGGUGCGGGUACACUUCCAUUUGGAACUCUGUUCAUUGAGCUUUUCUUCAUCAUGUCUAGUAUAUGGAUGGGUCGUGUCUACUAUGUUUUCGGUUUUCUGUUCAUUGUGUUGAUCCUUCUUGUGGUCGUUUGUGCUGAGGUAUCGUUGGUCUUGACCUACAUGCAUCUUUGUGUUGAGGAUUACAAGUGGUGGUGGAAGUCAUUUUUCGCUUCGGGUUCAGUUGCAUUAUACAUUUUCUUGUACUCAAUAAACUACCUUGUUUUUGACCUCAAGAGCUUAAGCGGGCCUGUUUCAGCUACACUAUACUUAGGUUACUCGUUGUUCAUGGUUCUAGCCAUUAUGCUUGCAACUGGCACUGUUGGGUUCCUUUCUUCUUUUUGGUUCGUUCACUACUUGUUCUCUUCAGUGAAACUCGAUUAAGAUUCGACAGAGUGUAAGAUGAAUUUGGAUGAAAAUGGGAAUAAGCCUGUCUGAGGUUUUUUUAAUUUUUCUUUUGUUGUUAGAAAUGGGAACUAUAGUUACGUAGUUUUUAAUCUUGAUUUUAUCUUGGAUUCUUUAUCCAUUGAAUAUGAAGUUACGUGUUUUUUGUUA